AUGGCAUGCCGUGAUUCCCAACCGCAAAAGGUAGCUAUCAACAAUGUCAGGGUAUUUGAUGGAAAGAGCGUUGGUACGCCCACGACCAUUCAUAUCGAUAAUGGCCUGAUAUCUGAGGCCACGGAUGGUGCCGAUGUAUUCGAUGGUGAAAAUGGCAUACUGAUGCCUGGUUUCAUCGAUGCUCAUAUUCACCUCUGUACAGAAGCCGAGCAGCGAGACAUGGCUCGAUACGGUGUCACAACAGCACUGGACAUGGCUACAUGGUCACAAUCAACCAUUGACAGUCUUCGUGGUCUCACGGGCGUUACCGACUUCAAAACAGCAGGAAAAGCUGCAACCUCACUAGGCAGCAUCCAUAGCGCCAUACUUCCAGUCCCUGCCGAGUACCGUCUGGCUGAGAAUGUCGACUAUAUCAAGAUCGUCGCGGACAUACCGGGUCCCGACCAGGCUGUUAUGGACGCGGUUGUUAUCGAAGCACAUAAGAUGGGCAAAUUAGUAGUCGCGCAUGCCGCUGACUACCAUCCUUUCAAGAUGGCUCAGGAUGCUGGAGUCGACAUUGUCACUCACUGCCCAUGUGAUCAAGCACUCAACGACGAAGAUUGCGCUCGCAUGGUGGAAGACGGUCGCAUAUGCGUUCCAACUCUAACCAUGAUGGAGGCCACUACUGGUGCAUCGGCCUUGCCAGCUCUUCUGAAGAUGUUCUCGCGCCCCUGGGUAAUCUUGGACAUUGUAAAGGCUAAACGCAACGCUCCUCGAACCGGCAAACGGGAAUACAAAAAUGCUCGAGAGUCGGUGGUGGCCCUGCACCGGAAUGGUGUGACCAUCAUCGCUGGGACCGACGCCCACAAGGAGGAUUCUUCCCCUUUCACCGUGAAACAUGGUGAUUCACUGCACCACGAGUUCGAACUACUUGUUGACGCGGGCUUGUCGACUGUAGAAGUGCUGCAAGCUGCAAGCUUGCUUCCAGCGAAACACUUUGGUCUUACCGACAGGGGCACCAUUGAGAUCGGCAAACGCGCGGACCUCGUCCUGCUUGACGCAGACCCAAUCGAGGACAUCAGACACACUCGGUCAAUCAAGAAGGUCUGGUGUGCUGGUGUGGAGGUGGAUAUGACUUGA